AUGCAAUUUGGCAGGCACCUGCACACCAUUCCAGAGCUGAUGUACGACCUUCCAAAGACUGGCGCAUACAUCAGGCUUCAGCUUGACAAAUUGGGGAUCUCCUACAAGUAUCCGGUUGCGGACAGCGGCAUUCUGGCAACUAUCGGCCAUGGAGACCCAAAAUUUGCCCUUCGAGCUGACAUGGAUGCCCUCCCAAUACAGGCACAGCCCUCCAACCUGCCAUCUUUUCUUGAUCCCUUGAAGAGCAUCACCCACGAUGGGAAGAUGCAUGCCUGUGGGCAUGACACCCACAUGACCAUGCUGCUGGGAGCUGCUGCGCUGCUGAAGGCUCGGGAGGGGGACCUGGGGGGGACUGUGCUGCUGCUGUUCCAGCCGGCAGAGGAGGGGGGCGCAGGGGGAAAGAAGUUUGUGGAGGAGGGGGCCCUCGAGGGGGUCUCAGGCAUCCACGGCAUCCAUGUCUGGCCGGAUCUGCCAGCAGGCGUCGUUGCAUCGAGGGACGGCACAUUAAUGGCGGCGGCAGACCGCUUCUUUGUGAACAUCACCGGCCGAGGCGGCCACGCGGCGCUGCCGCACCUGACGGCUGAUCCCGUGGUGGCGGCUGCCGCGAUCGUGACUUCUCUGCAGCCGCUCGUGUCUCGCGAGACCUCCCCAACCGACGCCGCUGUCGUCUCCGUCAGCCGCUUCAACACAGGCGAGGGAGCGUCAAAUGUCAUUCCAGACAGCGUGUCGAUGGCCGGCACGUUGCGUGCCUUGACCACCAGCCAUUUUGUGCACAUGAGGAAGCGCGUCACGAAGGUGAUAGAAGGCACGGCAGAGCUGCACGGGUGCACAGCAAGCGUGCGGUGGAGCGAGCAGGCUUAUGGGCCAACAGUGAAUGCCCCAGAACUGGUAUCGCUGUUGGAGGGAGUUGCCGGGCAGCUGGUGGGCAGCGACAGGUGGCACCGGCUGCCCGAGCCCACCAUGGCCGCCGAAGACUUCAGCUUCCUGGCAGAUGCUGUCCCUGGGGUCUUCACCUUCUUGGGCAUUCGCAACGAGACAGCGGGAUCGGUGCAUGGUCUUCACACGGCCCAAUUCCAGAUGGAUGAAGCACAGAUGCCACUCGGCGCGGCCUUGCAUGCCUCUGUGGCCCUCAACUUUCUCUCCAAGCAUGGGCGUGGCAAACCCGGCAGGGAAGAAUUGUAG